UAGCCAUUGCGUGCAGCCGUUUUGGAUGAAGUUUCUCCACCCAGCGUGCCGACCCGCCGACGACGAAAGUUUUUGGAGUUGCAAGCGACAGUACCACGCAGCAGCGUCCUCCCUUUCGCGGACGCGAAUCGCGCGACGGACUUAACUCAACCUCGACGCCAACCCAUCCCACUUUCCAGGGUCCCAACCUCGACGGCCCGUUCGCAAGCUCCCCGCCUACUAUGGCUUCACCCGCAGUUCUCGCCCCCCAGGCCAACGGCGUCGCAUCUCUGUCGCGUCCAGACUCGCCCGCCUCAAUCAAUUCCUCCACCAAGCGGAAGCGCGAGGCGACCGACGAUAACGAACCCGAUCUCAAUCGCAACGAACAGCUCAAGCGGCCCAUUAAUGGCCUGCAAACCUCGUCGGACAGCAAAUCGCUUAUCCGCGAUUUUUUCGAUGUUUUAGAAAGCUACGACACCAAUAACCCUUCAGUCCUCAAGCGCCCCCUCCCCGAUUCUCUUCCCGAUGGCGAGCCUAGCUUGAAGCGAACAAAGUCGGAAGAAAGCAGCAAGCCGGUGACCAUCGCCGACAAGGUGUUGCAAGGGGAUUAUGUCGUCCUAGAUGAUCUGGUUUCCGACGUGGUCCGCGCCGCAGAUUCUCAGAUCAAAGAAUUCCAAACUGCAGGCACUUCGGGCGAUGGCAGCCUCAUCUCGAGAACGGCCACCUUCAAGCGCAACGCACUGGAGCUCUAUAGAAGAGAGCUGGCAUACCCAAACGUGGCACGGUCGACUUCCGGAAACCCCGCUGCUAGUCAAGGGCAAUCUUCCAGUGCAGGUGGUCUGGCUUUAUCAACAGUCGGUACUGCCCCAACACUGAGACCUCUGUACACCAGCCUGCAGCGGGAUGCACCCCCGAAAUCUCUUACCCAGGCUACCCUGCCGAAGGGUGUCACCAUCGCGAAGAUUCCGCCGGACGCUCCCGUGUCGGGUGAGAAGGCCGGCCGCUCCCUGACGCUAGGAGAGCUCUUUCCGUCCCCUCGAAAUCUACCUCCUCUGCAGCCGCCCAAGGCGCCCAAAACCACCACCAAAAGUAACGUCUUGAGUUUUUACCACCCUGAACUGGCUGAGAAGUCGAAAUAUCGCUCUGGGAGUUACUUCUCUCAAGUCAUCUCCGCCGGUCAAUGGCUGGACUAUAGCAAUGCCACCCCAACGAACCACGCCAAAACCAAACAACGCGAGCGGGCUCAGAGUUUGGCAGGCCUCAAGCCGUCCACGACUGAACUUGAGAUGUCAGAGAUGGAGGCUCUGUUCCGGGGUGCAUUUUCCACCUUUGCCCCUUGCAAGGACGACUCGGCGGCCAUUGUCCCGUCGGGCCAAGUGAGCCGCAUAUGGUGGCAGCGUGUCGGACGACGAAACUUCGCCAAAAUGGCGCAAGCGGAGGAGCCCGAGUAUGAGCAGGAAGACGGCAUAGCCGCUGAUUCGGCGGUGGCCAUGGAAAUUGAUGAAGAGCGUGUGAAGGAUGCGAUCGAGAACUGGGAUGAAACUGCCGUUGACCCUAGCCUGGAUCAUGCGCUAGGCAAGAAAUCCGACCACGAAAAGGAAGUGGACGAUUUACUUGAAGAGGUCUCCGAUCUGAUCGAGACGCUUGCCUCCUACCAGCGCAACCGCAAUCUUACUCUGCCAACGAGCCAAGACCGUUAUUCCGCCGACCCGGUCAACGGAGACAUGCUACGCAACGGCAACCUCUCUCAUCAGCCGAGCGAGGAAGAAUUGAUGACAUACGAAGCACUGAAGGCUCAGCUGGCGCUAAUCAUUCAGACCUUGCCUCCCUACGCCGUGGCGCGACUGAACUCGGACAAGCUUGCGGAGCUAGCCGUGAGCACCAAGAUUGAGAUUCGGUCUGACGAAUACCGGGGAGUCAUGGAAGAGGAUGAGCCGGCACGGCUUACACGGUUGGCCGCACAGGCCGCGGCAACGUCGAAUCAACGUCAAGCGCACAGGACGCCUAGCGUUUCUAGUACAUACGCCAAUCACCAGUAUGCAGGGCAGUUCACACCAUCGGCGCGUCCCGUCGGAAAUGCUGCGCAUUUCCCCCAGACGCCCGUCCGUCCGCAAGCAAAUAUGUACCGGGCGCCAUCUAGCGUACCUAUUCCUCAGGCACACCACGUCCAGCCCCGAACGAUGCCUCAGACUCAGUUCAGGCCAGGGUAUGCACCACAGCUAGCCAAAGCUCAUGGCCCAUACGGCCAUUCCAACAUCCACCAGCAAUAUAUUGCUAGUCCUUCACAGCCAAGAAAUUCUCUCGGGCAGGCUGGCACUCCCAUUCCACGCUUGCCACAGGGCUAUCCUGCUGGCUACCAGCAGCAUCAGCAGAUUGUUCCACAGCACGGGCAGCCCUCUCCUGUCCCGCAGCAUGCCGCGCACCCGCCUGUAGUGCAACACCAGCCUCAACACGGUCAGCAGCCGCCUUACUCGCCGUACACCAAUGGCGGUCAGAUGCCGCGGACCAUAUCGCCGCAAGUCCAGCAAGCACACGUGUAUAGUCAGUCGCCCGCACCACCUCAACAGGCGCAGCAAAUGUCGCGUCCACCUUAUGGGAGUCCGGGUCCUGGGAUGCCACAUAAUCAAGUUCCGCGUCAGUACGGCGGCGCUGGCUCACCAGGUCCAGGCAUGAUGGCGGGACCAGGACAGAGACCACCAUCGACCCUCACCGGAUUCGCGACGGUCAUGCCCGAGGUUCAGCAACGGCAGGUUAUGGAGCAAGCACGUGCUCGGGCUGACGCUGAGCAGCGCGCGAGCGGACAUAUUGGCAAGGUAGCGCAGGGCGAGGUUGUCGGGCUGGCGGGCAUCGGACUAGCAGGCCAUAUGGACGUGCACAAAGUGGCUGCCGCAAAGAUGCAGCAGAUGGGCAACCAUAACAACCACGCUCCCUCGGCGGGUCCCAAUAAGGGUCCGAUGAACGGCGCCGUUCCACAACCACCACCCGGCGGGGUGAACAGUCCUAGGCCAAUGCAGGCUGCGCCGGCGUCGGGGACCGCGAGUCCUGCUCCGUCCGUGCAGGGAUUGAAUAAACCUAGCGCAUGAGGAUUGUGUUUGAGGCUGUAUCAAGUCGCGGGUGUGCAAACCUAGGACCGCGGCUGUGUAUCUGAAGAAAGAUAUGGAAAACCUGGGUUAAGGCCUUAAGAGGCAGGCACCGCUUUUCGUUGUACUAAGAAGAGACAAUUCCUGCCCACCCAUCUCAGAUACGUCUCUUUAGAUGAAAAGGAAAAGGAGGGAGUGAGGCGUUGCCAGACGAAGAGAGACUGAGCCACCGGGAGAGGGCGGGGGAC